UUUUCUUGAUUUAAAAUUGUAUUUAUGGUGGGUGGUCUUGAUUUUAUGGUGCCUUCUUAAUACUAAAAAUUUUAUCCUUGUCUUAGGUCUACUUUUUUUAUGAGUGCAGUUCUAUAUGUUCCAACCAACAAAUUAUUAUGUAAAUUUGUGCGUUGUUUUAGGGAUUCAAAUUACAAUAGAUCGUGAACCUAAGCGCUGAGUGUACAUCACAUCUCGGUUCCGGCUAUUGGAAUUUGGUAUAAGUAAAACGCCGGGGCAAUCCCAGACUCAAACGUAGAACAGAAUGCCACCGAAUAGCAAAGAUACCACCGGAGUGCUCUACGAGUCGGAUGCGGAGACAGUCGAUGGUGGCCUUAUCAAGGAUAUCGGUCAACUGAAGACCACAGACGGGCGGAAGCUGCAGCUAGUUUGGCUCAACAUUGUGCUCUUUGUGAUACUUCAUUUAUCCGCGUUGUACGGCAUUUGGCUGCUGAUGACGAAGGCUAUGUUGACGACGAUUCUGGUCUUUCCGUUCGCCAUGAUUUUCACCGCCCUGGGCAUUUCCGGCGGCGCCCAUCGUCUGUGGGCACAUCGAACCUUCAAGGCUAACGUGCCCCUCCGCCUGAUCUUCCUGUUCCUCAACACGCUGGCCUUCCAGGAUGCGGUAUAUAUCUGGGCGCGGGACCAUCGAGUGCAUCACAAGUACUCGGAAACGGAUGCCGAUCCGUACAACUCGGAGCGAGGCUGGUUCUUUUCGCAUAUUGGCUGGCUGUGCGUCCGCAAGCAUCCCCAGGUGGUGGAAAAAGGCAAGCAAAUCGACCUCUCUGACCUGGAGCAGGAUCGACUGGUGAUGUUCCAGAAGAAAUACUACAUGCUCCUGAUGCCACUCAUCUGUUUUGUUAUGCCGACUGUGCUUCCGAUGUAUCUGUGGGGUGAAUCGUUUAACGUCUCCUUCCAAGUGAUGGCCCUGCUUCGCUGGGUAACCGUCCUGAACCUUAUCUGGCUGGUGAACAGCUCAGCGCAUAUGUACGGCAAACGUCCAUAUGACAAGAAGAUCAGCCCCACCGACGAGAGUUUCCUCAUUUGGCUGCGCUUUGGAGAAGGCUAUCACAACUAUCACCACGUCUUUCCCUGGGAUUAUAAGAGUGCCGAGCUGGGCCCGUACUCCCGGGACGUCACGACGGCGUUUAUCAAUUUCUUUGCCUGGCUGGGCUGGGCCUACGAUCUGAAGAGUGUGUCUCCGGACUUGGUCCGACGGAGGGUUCAACGGACGGGAGAUGGCUCCCACCCCGUGUGGGGUUGGGGCGACAAGGACCAGUGCAGCGAGGAUGUCGCCGAUACCACCAUAACCCACCAGCGCGCAGUUUUAUGAUGGAUCGCGAUGGGAGCAAAAGCCAAAGACAAAUUAAAAUUUAAAAUACAUUUAAAAUCAAAAUAAAAUUGUUACUAGAAUUGUAAUUAUUGUCUUUUUACUCACUGAAUAAUUUAUAGUU